UUAUACAAAUCUUUGGUCUCUCGUUGCCAUACCUCCAAAAUCACGAGGUUAAAGGUUAGGGACGUCCCAAUCAUCUCGGAUUGCACAGACCCUGGCCGGAAGUUAUUUUUUGUUCGUACGUCUUGAGGGCGAAGGUUACAUGAAUAUUCUGCCGCCGGCACAUACACCUCUGUCGCACUUGUUUUAUUUUUUUUGUAUAAAAAGGCAACUUUUAAAAGCGGGCUGCUUUACCCACCACGACAGGAGCUGGAAGACACUCAGUCCUGUAACAGGCUGCUUUACCCACCACGACAGGAGCUGGAAGACACUCCGUCUGUGAACAGGCUGCUUUACCCACCACGACAGGAGCUGGAAGACACUCAGUCCUGUAACAGGCUGCUUUACCCACCACGACAGGAGCUGGAAGACACUCCGUCUGUGAACAGGCUGCUUUACCCACCACGACAGGAGCUGGAAGACACUCCGUCCUGUGAACAGGCUGCUUUACCCACCACGACAGGAGCUGGAAGACACUCCGUCUGUGAACAGGCUGCUUUACCCACCACGACAGGAGCUGGAAGACACUCCUCCUGUGAACAGGCUGCUUUACCCACCACGACAGGAGCUGGAAGACACUCAGUCCUGUGAACAGGCUGCUUUACCCACCACGACAGGAGCUGGAAGACACUCAGUCCUGUGAACAGGCUGCUUUACCCACCACGACAGGAGCUGGAAGACACUCCGUCUGUGAACAGGCUGCUUUACCCACCACGACAGGAGCUGGAAGACACUCCGUCUGUGAACAGGCUGCUUUACCCAACACGACAGGAGCUGGAAGACACUCAGUCCUGUGAACAGGCUGCUUUACACACCACGACAGGAGCUGGAAGACAUGGCGCACCUCGUUGCGGUUUGCAGGGACGGGGAAGAGGACUUCCCUUUCCUCGCAAGACAGAUUCCCUUAUACAUCGAUGACACUCUCACGAUGGUGAUGGAGUUUACUGACAGUGUCAUGAACCUUGACACUCACCAAAUCAACAGCUCUCAGAUGAAGCAGUUUGUCGAGCAUCACAGCAUGCUGAAGCAGCAGGACCUGAACAUCGCCAUGAUGGUAACUUCCAGGGAGGUGUUCAGCGCCCUCUCCCAGCUGGUGCCGUGUGUGGGCUGCAGGCGGAGCGUGGAACGCCUCUUUUCCCAGCUGGUGGAGUCCGGGAACCCGGCACUGGAGCCCCUCACGGUGAAGCCCACCGGCGUGCUGUCUGUCACCAAGACCUGCAUGGCCGACGCAAAGACUCUCUACACCCUCUUUUACAUCCACGGGUCAAAGUUAAAUGACAUGAUCAAUGCCAUUCCAAAAAGCAAAAAGAAUAAACGCUGCCAGUUGCACUCCUUAGAAACACACAAACCAAAGCCUUUGGGGGGAAGCUGGAUGGAUGUGUGGGAGCUCAUGUCUCAGGAGUGCAGGGACGAAGUCGUCCUGAUCGACAGCACCUGCCUCCUGGAGACCCUGGAAACAUACUUGCGCAAGCACAGGUUCUGUACUGACUGCAAGAACAAGGUACUGAGAGCAUACAACAUCCUUAUAGGGGAGCUAGACUGCACUAAAGAGAAGGGCUACUGCGCUGCCUUGUACGAGGGACUCCGCUGCUGUCCCCAAGAGCACCACGUCCACGUCUGCUGUGAGACUGACUUUAUGGCACAUCUACUGGGCCGGGCUGAGCCGGAGUUCUCCGGAGGUUACGAACGCAGAGAACGACACGCCAAGACCAUUGACAUUGCACAAGAAGAGGUGCUCACCUGCCUGGGCAUCCACCUGUACGAGCGACUGCACAGAAUCUGGCAGAAACUGAGGGCAGAGGAGCAGACCUGGCAGAUGCUCUUCUGCCUCGGCAUUGACGCUUUACGCAAAAGCUUUGAGACGGCAGUGGAGAAGGUGCAGGGCAUCAGUCGUCUGGAGCAGCUGUGUGAGGAGCUGUCGGAGGAGGAGAGGGCCAAAGAGCUGAAGCAGGAGAAGAAGAGACAGAAGAAGAAGAACAGACGCAAAAACAAGUGUGGCUUCGACAUGUCUGAGCAGGAGGCCGAGGUCAAGAACCUGGCUGAGGGUUCAUUAGAGUCUGUGGAGAACGGUGGCUGCAAGGCCUGUGGAAGCCGAGAGGAGGAGGGGGAGGGGCAUGUCAGCUGUGUGGAGGUGGUCGUCACCAGCAACGAGAGCACUACUUCCUGCAGCUGCCCAGACAGCACCGUGCCCAUCCUGGGCUCUCCUAAAGUCAAGAAAGGUAAUGCUGUCACCACCAUCCAACCAUCACUCAAGACCAGACACCUGACCCUGGGUCUUUCGCCUCACAGUAAUGGGAGUGACUGUGGUUACUCGUCUAGCAUGGAAGGCAGCGAGCCUGGCUCACAGGAAGGAUGUGACGUCGCCUGCGCUGAGGGUAUCUGCAACCACCACGAAGCAGGAGACUACUUGUGUGGUCAUCAAUGUGCUGAAGACAAGGAGGAGGACUGCAUGGACAGCUGUGUGGAGUGCUGGGCCAGCUCUGAAGAGAACACCAAGGGCAAGAAGAAGAAUAAGAGAAGAAAGAACAAUGGCUUGUUAUCUUACCAUCAGGGUCCAAAUGCAGAGGUUUGUGUUAUGGAAGAGAACAGGAAAGGGCAAAACACCGCUGCAACGUCACCCGUGUGCAGAACCAAAGAGACGUGUGCCCAGUUGUGCCUCGACAUCUUUUCUAGUAUCCCACCGCAGUUACCACAUGCAGAACAUCGAAAGAACAUCAGCCAUUAUCUGGAGGGUACCAGUGCUAAGAGUCUCAUGGAACUGCUGGAUGACUCUGAAGUGACUUCCGAUGAAGAGAACUGCCUCACGCAGGAUGAGAUCCAGUCGUUUGUGGACAACAACAAGUCCUUCUACAACAACCGUGACCAGUACCGACAGCGCCUGAAAGAUAAAUUCACCAAGUACUGCCACGGAGGUGCAGAUUGGUUUGCUGCUGCCACCACCAGCGUCAAUUAAUGAAUUAGCUCCUGUUGCACUACUCUACUGUCAUGAUAUCUUGUUACUGGGACAACACACACGGUGAUUACCACCCCUCUGCUCACACCGCCUUUUAAAGGAGAAAGAAUUCAGUAGUACAUUUUAGUGUCUUGUUCAAUGAGCCCCCCCCCCCCCCUUUGGUUGAAGUACAUGUGGUUCCUAUUUUCCCACCUUUGUUCAUCUUCUGUCACCUCUACCUGUUCAUCUUCUGUCACCUCUACCUGUUCAUCUUCUGUCACCUCUACCUGUUCAUCUUCUGUCACCUCUACCUGUUCAUCUUCUGUCACCUCUACCUGUUCAUCUUCUGUCACCUCUACCUGUUCAUCUUCUGUCACCUCUACCUGUUCAUCUUCUGUCACCUCUACCUGUUCAUCUUCUGUCACACCGUCCUUGUUGUCGUCCGUCCCACCCUGACCAAACCCGGUUUCUUUUCUGGUCUCAUUUUGUAGGGCUGUUGGUUUAGAGCACAGUGGAUCUGAUAAUUAAGCUUGCAGGCUGUGACAUUAGGGUUUAGAUUGUUCGUAGUCUUAUUUUUUUGUUUUUGCAUUUUCCAUUUUUUUUUUCUUCUCGUCUCUUCCUCUGUGAUGCUUCAUUUUAGUGGGAAAAGUUGUACCAAUAAAUGUGUACAGAAAUUAUAUAAUCUGAAUAGAUUUUACAGUAAAACAUCCAUUUAUAACAGGGGUUGGAUGUGAUGUUAAGGGUGCAAUGUGUAAAAUUGACAAAAUAAAGAAUAUUUAUUAAUAUGCAUUAGAAA